AUGACACCUUCGCUUUCCAUUAAAACAGAUAUAUCUGUUUCCGGCCCCUUCAAUGUGCAGAAAAACACAAUGCUCACUCCCAUUGAGAAGCUGACAUCUCCAAAUAUUCAGAAAGAAGAACCAUAUGUGGCUGCAAAUUCAUCCGGCCUUGGAACUUUGAAUGCUGAAUUGCAUAGCGUGCCAUCACCUGUUAAAGCAAAUCCUUCAUAUGAUAUUGGAGGUGAGCAGCCUUCUGUUACCAAUGGUCAGCAUAUGUCCGGGACAGAUUCUCCAGUUCUUGUGUGUAUUGCUCCAUUCGAAGGCCAGUCAAAAAACGAGUUAACAACACAUAUGGGAGACACAGUGCGGCUUCUUUCGAAAUCAGUUGUUAAAGGGUGGAUUUUUGUCUGCUCCACCUAUGAAAAAGGACGUGCAGGCUGGAUUCCAAAAGACACAGUCAAAGUUCUUGACUUUGUUCCAUCAAAAAGUCACAACAGUGGAAGUUCCUCCCACUCUUCAACUUCAACCUCAACUACAACUUCGUCAUGCUUCAGCUACACGGAGAGUCCAUCAUCGUCAAAAGAUACCAUUAUGAGCCAACUGAACUAUAGGAACCUGAUAACUCCAUGGUAUGAAUACCAGCAGCAGCAGAAGCAAUUGCAGUUACAGCAGCUUCAAAGGCAGCAACAGCAAAUGCUGCAGCAACAACAACAACAACAACAACAACAAUCGCAACGAAGACAGCAGCAGAAAUUGCGGAGUGAAUAUUCAGGUAAAAGGCAAGAGUUCGAUUCAUACUCUUCACCUUUACCAUCAUCAGAAUUCUCUCCAGCGCAUAAUAAGCAGCUAGAAACUCCUCCUGCAACACCCCUUCCAUCAAAAAGGAUUCCACUGCCUUCAAGUGUGCCAAUGACAUCAACUCCAAAGUUUUCAAAUCUUGUUCGGAAUAAAACAUUUCCAAUCGCUCCCACUUCACAGCAAGUGGGAAAGAAAGCAUACCAACCGGAUCGCUCAUCUUCCCCAAUCAGGAAAAUGCCAAGAGAACGUCACAGAUUCCCGUACUCUAACAUUCGCGUUACCUCUGCACAUUGUACAAGCAAUAGAUUCUGGUACAGAAUAGAUGCAGUUUCCCAGAGUAGGCACGUUCAUCUCUGUCGUUUUUAUCAGGACUUUUACAACUUGCAGGUUGAGAUCAUGAUGAAUCAAGACAAACUAGGAGGCUCGGUGAAUGUUCUUCCAAAACUUCCAAAUUUGAUAUCCCCUGCGGACAACAUGUCGCAGGAUGGUAUGAACGCACGCUGCGUUUUGUUGAACAGAUACUUGUGCUCGGUUGUUUCUCUGGUUGAUCAAUUGCAGAAUAAUUUCCUAUUGGAAAUCAUACUCUCUUGGAUGAGAACCAGAACAGGAGAUUUUGAGCAUUCUUCCGAUCUAACAGAAACCGAAAUUCUGAGAUUGCUGUCCCCUAAAGAAGUGAGCGGGAAAAACAAGUUUGAUUCUGAUCCACAACUUUCAGUUCCGGGUUUACCACAACGGCAACAAUUCAAGCAAAACCAAAUUCCCCGGCCCCUGGCAAAUGAUACAGCCAUGUACACCACUCCUCAUAUGAAUGAAGAACUCGAUGAUGCUCCCACAGCCCCAUUAUUUUGUAAAGCCUCCCCAUCUGCGCUUUCCGGAGGAUCUGUUCGUCACCAUAGUUCAAGUGCUUCGAUACCAAGCAGCAGAAAUAAGGUUCAGGUUAACUUUAAAGUGCUUGAUGGGGAAAGUUCCUUCGUACUAAGACUUCCUAAGGAUAUUAACGUUCAUGAUCUAAAGUUGACGGUUGCUGGUCAAAUCAACAAAUAUCUGAGUGAUUUCAAUCUUAACUAUAAAGAUGAGAAGCACUCAUUGUUUAAACCUUUACGCUCGAAUGGCGAACUUCUGUCUUCUAUUAAAGAUGCAUUGCGGUUCGGCAGUAAUACUAUCUUGCUCAAAAUAGCAUGA